GAGUGGUCUCAGUCACUAGUGCGCAACGCCAGCGAUAACAACUCCCCGAGCGCUUCGCGUUAAUUUCAUCAUAUCUUUCUUUUAUUUGAUCUUUAUAUGCUAUCCAUAGGAAGGGAUAUGUAUUGAAAAGUUUCAAGAGCAUAGUUUGUGUGGUCGUAUACGUGGAAUCAGUUUAACAAUAAGGGCAGGCAGUUUUGUCUGGGUUGAGUAAUCUGUUACGGUGGUUGUGCUUUUGAUAGAAACGGACUAUUUGGUCGAGAACGUGUUCCAGUUUAGGAUUUCACCACGAGCGGGCUCAAGGAAGUCUAUAGUCAAGUGGACAGUGGCGGCGGUGGCUCGGCCGAAGUAAUGGUGUACUCUCUCGGCUGGGGCAUGGGGGAGCCGGAGCGGCGAGGGGCUGAGCGCAAGCGGGCCCAGCCGGCGCAUACGCUCUCACCCGACGACGGCCACGAGGUGGACGUACUGCCUCUACACAAUCAGGUGGGCGGGCACACACGGCUGCUGGUCCUAAACGACAGCACGGUCAUCAAGCCUCUCAACAUACGUGAACUGCAUUUCUACCAGAACAUUCCGGAGGAUAUCCAGAACUUCGUACCAAGAUACAAAGGCGUGAUGCAGGCCUCACACACCGGUGGCACCAAAUUGGACAAGCGGUACUCUCCGUGUUUCCGUGACGAGAACGGCCGCAAGCAGUCCCUGGGCGGGAAGCGCAAGCGCGACGACGUUUUCAAAUUCAAAGUGCACCGGAACGGGAACGCCUCCGAGGUGUUGAAGAGCAUAGCGCACAUGGACAAUUCAAAUAAGCAAUACUUCCUUAUGAUGGAGAACAUAACGUCGUCAUAUCGAAAGCCGUGCGUGCUCGACCUGAAGAUGGGCACCAGACAGCAUGGAGACGACGCCAGCGCAGAGAAAAGAACCAAACAAAUAGCAAAGUGUGCAGCUUCCACCUCAGCCACGCUGGGGGUCAGACUCUGUGGGAUGCAGGUGUAUGUGGAUGAAACGGGAGCUUGCGUCCGGAGGGAUAAGUACUGGGGUCGGGCUUUGUCUGAGGGUGGGUUGCGAGAAGCUCUGCGGGAUUUCUUUGCGGCAGGGGGAGGGGGAGGGCUCCGGGCGACCGUCGUCCGCCGAGUACUCAGAGACCUGGAUGCUCUGCGGCGGGCCAUCGCCAAACAGACCAGUUACCGCUUCUACUCGUGCUCCUUACUGAUAGUGUACGAGGGAGAAGUGUCCACCCCCGUAGAGGUGCCGGAGGAGGCCGUCGGCUGUGCAUCCUCCGAAUACGAGGGCGACGCCUCCGGUUCUUCGGAAUCAGCUCCCUCGCCCGGACACUUUGACAUGUCUACACUUCAUGACGAAAUCUCCAACGACGGCCGUGAGCCGUUCGUACCGCAUUCAGAAGAAACAAUGGGAGGCUACGAAGAGGGGGAGGUCAGUGGAACCACGGCGGCUGGCAGAGGAAGACCUCACGCACACCCGCCCAGUCCCGACUCAGCAGAUAGCUGGAUGGCGUAUUCCUCCACCAGCAGUGAAUCCUGGAGACACGAGGUCGAACACGAACGGGAAGCGGAACCGGAAGCGAGUGGUAAAAGACCACGCACUCGUCCCUCUCCCACCCCCUCCCCCGGCCCAAGCCCGCACGCCCCUCCACCCGAGGAACGCGUCGACAUACGCAUGAUAGACUUUGCGCACACAGCGUUCGCCGGCGCGGCGGCCGAGUCCCCUCUGGCCACGGCGACCCCCCACCACGGGCCCGACUGCGGCUUCCUCACCGGCAUAGACUCGUUGAAACGUCUCUUGACGGAGAUCCUCCACCCGCAGCCCUACAGUUAAUGAGACCGGCCGCGACCUCCGCCGGACGGGGGAUAUUGUUCCAUUCUGUUUAAACCGUUCGACUGAUAACGCUCCGCCGAGUGUGGUCCGGUCGGAACCUUCGGCUGUUGGCGUCGAGUGGACGAAACCAGGGUAUUUUCGCUUCGCCCGCCGCCCCUAGGACGUAAGACUCGCUUGCCCCUCCCUCCUUCCCGAGUAACCGCUUAGCGGUAGUUUGCACUUAGUGAAUGUUGGCGGUACAAAAAUUUUCACUUUUAUGAUUAAUAAAAACAAAAAAAAUAUUUAAAUUUUAAAGGGACCCAGUAGUUUAUCUAAAGUAUAUGAGUAUUAUUUCUAAGUUAUCAACCUGUUUAAUUAGAUCGUUUUAUUUUUUACGUAACUAAUUGAUAUUCGACUCGGAAAUUUUAUUUUAUUUUUCAAAAAUUAUGUAGACAUUCCCCGAUAUUGCCUAGGUAUUAAUGUUUACUGCUUUACGUAAAGUAGUAAUUGUUAUAAAUAAAACUACACUCGAGAAAAAAAAUAUCUGCAUUUAGAUUCAUGUAUUGUUCGUCUUUUAACUAAUGUAUAAAUUCCACGAAUCUGUCGUAAGCCCAGUAAAGAUACCAAAGUGAAUAUAGUAGAUAUAUUGUUGUAUUGUGACCAAUUGUUUUGAGAUCACUCGAAAUAUUAGCCAAUAAAUAUGUGUACCGCGUUGACGAGCAGUCAAAUAUAUUUAAUAUAUUUUAAAAAUAUGAAUGUUAUCAGUUACUAAAUUUGAAUAUUAAAUUGUCAUCUUCGUAUAAAAUGAAACUAUAGUAAUGUUAAAACAAUCAGUAUUAUUAAGAUUUGUGUGUCAGGUCAUGUUUGUAUUGUUUUGAUUUGAUUGGUGACAUGGUACUAUUACGUUACCGUCGACAGGCCGAGUGAAGAUGACACUAGUGUACAGUAUAGUGGUAUAAUGACAAGGAAGGUGCAAAUUUCGGCGUACACAAAGACAACGUGUGCGUCGCCUUAAAUUAACAGACUAGAUUUAUUUAUCAUGUUCCUAUUAUCUAUAUGACGGUGCUUAAAUCUACUCGAAGUAGAUAUUUUGGCGCGAAAGUGUCAAAAUUAAACCGUGUGAGGAGCGAUAGUAGGAACAGGUUAAAAAGAUUGUUUGGUUUUGUCUAUGGCACAGUGUAAACAUUUAAUAGGUGCGCGAAUUAAUGAAUGUUUUUGACCUUAGAGUUAGCCAACAUUCCUUCGUGCUGCAUUCGAUGUUUGUUUUUUACUUUUUUUUAAUUAAUGUGGGAUAACUUUAUAAAAAGUACCUGGUUUAAUUAGGUUGCUAGGGUGUAUUGUAAAUUAUCAUUUAUGUCUGUUAUUUUAAAUAACUGUAUGACACUUAUUUUGUUAAUAAAUUUUAGGUAUUAAA